AUUGGCUGCAGAGGAGGAGGAUCAUCAGAGUUAUAGGAGCAGAGGAACUCCGAUCAGAACAGAGGAGAGAGCUGGAGUCUCCAGCGGCUGUCACAUUUACAGCCAAUAUUUCAAUCGCGGAGAAGGGAACAGAACGAAGCUUUGCCUUGUUUUGUUUGGAGGCGACAGGAAAGCAGCUGAACCCCCCAGCUAAACAGCCGAAAACAAGUCCAGAUGUUUCCAGUCUGAGGGUCGCUGUCAUACGAGACCAUACCAGAAGACUCUUCAUCCAAAAUAUUGCCUCGACUUUGUGACAACUCCGGCUGUGAGAAUGCGGCUGAAGUCUGUAGUUGGAUAUCUUGUCUGGAGUUUGAUUAUCCUUUGGAAUGUUUGUGACUGUGUUCAAACUCAUCAGGACGCGAAUCACCCGCGAGGCACUGAGACCGUAAUCAACCUCUUGAAGGUUCAAAAUGUCACUCACUCUCAACGGUUGGUAUCUAAGGCCAAAGGUCGUGACCCAGAGAUGCCAGCCUGGCGUUUCCGUUCCCGCACGCCUCAUCUCACGCUACCCCAGGACUUAUCCGACUUCUUCUUCAGCACCUCAGAUGGCGUCCUGGGUUUGCACCUAGUGGGACGGCAAACCAAAGGCUCGGAGGCCACUCUCAUCUCCUUCAUCUCCCCUGCCCACCUGCAGCAUGACGGACGCCCCCUGCUGGAGCUUGUCUCCAACACCCAAGAAAACUGGCUGCAGUUGGAGUUCAGGUCAGCGAAUGGCCAGCCGGAAGUGAUUAAGCUGCCGGGUGGGAAUCCGUUCAUAGCCGGUGGUUGGGUGAGGAUGGCUCUGAGUGUGGAGCCCAGACAGGUGGUGAUGUUUUUGGAAUGCGACGAGGCUGUGGUGCUCAAACUGAAAGAAGGUGGACGAAUCCUGGCUCUUGACUUCCCACACGAUCUGCAGGUUACGUUCUCCAGCACUGCAGGAAAUAAGGCUAGCAAGUUCAGUGGUAUUUGGCAGACUGCUGAACUCUCCACAAGGGCAUAUGAGAGGCGUCCGUGGAUCUGUGACAAUUUUACAGACUCCCUUCCUGACACAGCCCAAACGACCAGUCCCACCGUAUCAGCAGUCUCAGACCUGGAUAUGAUGCAAGACCAGGGAGACCGUGGAGACGAAGUAGCAUUAAGUCAAAGAUACCCCAGUGAUUCAUACUUGCGUUUUGGUCAAAUGGAGAGCAACCUGCAUAACAUGAUGACGAUGCUUGACAUGCUAAAGAAACAGAACACUGACCUGCAGGCGAGGAUUGAUCACUUGCAAACAUGUGAUCAUACGAAACUAAAGUGUGUUUAUGAAGGACGUCAGUUGGAUGAGGGGUAUCGCUGGUCUUCUGACAGCCGUACCAGCUGUUCCUGCACCAAUGGACAAGUUCAGUGUAAUCGCUUAAGUGAAUGCAGCUUUCAUGGCAAUAUUUACAGUAACGGCGAUGUCUUCAGCCCAGACGACUGCAACCGCUGUACGUGUAAGCGUGAAAGAGUAGAAUGUGAUGUGAAUCCAUGCCCAUCACAGUCUUGUGAGGAACCGUCUGUUCCUAAGAGAUCAUGCUGCCGUGACUGCCAAACAAAAUGUAAACAUGAAGGUCAAAUUUAUGAGAACGGUGAUGUGUUUGUGUCGAGAUCAAACCCUUGCCUCAACUGCAAAUGCUCUAACAGUCAGGUGUCGUGUAAUCGCAUUCAGUGUCCAAACACCCCGUGUCCCAACCCCUACAGGAGACGUGGGGAGUGCUGCCCUACCUGCUCUGCAUGUCAUGUGGACGGUCGGCCGUACAACGGCUCCUUCAGCACCGUUGAUGGCUGCCAGACCUGUACAUGUCAGGGUGGGAAUCAGGCAUGUGUAAAUGUGCAACAGUGUCCUCAGACGUGUCAAGAUGGUGUGAAGCCACCGUUUGGCUCCUGCUGCAGAGAUUGUUCCCGCUGUAACUUUAAGGGGGAAGUUGUCCUAAAUGGCGUCUCUUUUCAACCCCCCCGUGACCCCUGCAGACGCUGUGUGUGCAAUGAAGGGAAUAUAGCCUGUGACACUCAGUCGUGUCCUACAUCUCCUUGUCGUUUGGUAGAGACUGUAGGUGGGCAGUGCUGUCCCAGGUGUCGAAGUUGUGUCCAGGACAAUGUGUGGCACCUGCACGGCUCUCAAUGGAAGCGUCCUGAUGACCCCUGCACGACCUGUGCAUGCACGGAGGGUCAGGUUCAGUGUGCGAGGGAAAACUGUCAUGUCCCCUGUAAGAACCCAGCCGCUCCGCCCCCUGGAUCCUGCUGUCCUGUCUGUGACGGAUGUAUAAGGAAUGGUGUUCAGUAUGAGGAAGGUGCCACCUGGACUGACGCUGACCAAAGAUGUUCUUGUGUGAGGGGGCAGGUGACGUGUAUUCGCGAACUCCGGUGCGGCGACACCCGUGCACCGACCCCCGGGCCCUGCCCAAACCCCAACCCCAACCCUCCAGCACGAUGUAUAAGGAAUGGCGUUCAGUAUGAGGAAAGUGCCACCUGGACUGACGCUGACCAAAGAUGUUCUUGUGUGAGGGGGCAGGUGACGUGUAUUCGCGAACCCCGGUGCGGCGACCCCCGUGCACCGACCCCCGGGCCCUGCCCAAACCCCAACCCCAACCCUCCAGCACGAUGUAUAAGGAAUGGCGUUCAGUAUGAGGAAGGUGCCACCUGGACUGACGCUGACCAAAGAUGUUCUUGUGUGAGGGGGCAGGUGUCGUGUAUUCGCGAACCCCGGUGCGACGACCCCCGUGCACCCACCCCCGGGCCCUGCCCAAACCCCAACCCUCCAGCACGAUGUAUAAGGAAUGGCGUUCAGUAUGAGGAAGGUGCCACCUGGACUGACGCUGACCAAAGAUGUUCUUGUGUGAGGGGGCAGGUGUCGUGUAUUCGCGAACCCCGGUGCGACGACCCCCGUGCACCCACCCCCGGGCCCUGCCCAAACCCCAACCCUCCAGCACGAUGUAUAAGGAAUGGCGUUCAGUAUGAGGAAGGUGCCACCUGGACUGACGCUGACCAAAGAUGUUCUUGUGUGAGGGGGCAGGUGACGUGUAUUCGCGAACCCCGGUGCCGCGACCCCCGUGCACCGACCCCCGUGUCCUGCCCAAACCCCAACCCCAACCCUCCAGCACGAUGUAUAAGGAAUGGCGUUCAGUAUGAGGAAGGUGCCACCUGGACUGACGCUGACCAAAGAUGUUCUUGUGUGAGGGGGCAGGUGACGUGUAUUCGCGAACCCCGGUGCCGCGACCCCCGUGCACCGACCCCCGUGUCCUGCCCAAACCCCAACCCCAACCCUCCAGCACGAUGUAUAAGGAAUGGCGUUCAGUAUGAGGAAGGUGCCACCUGGACUGACGCUGACCAAAGAUGUUCUUGUGUGAGGGGGCAGGUGUCGUGUAUUCGCAAACCCCGGUGCGACGACCCCCGUGCACCCACCCCCGGGCCCUGCCCAAACCCCAACCCUCCAGCACGAUGUAUAAGGAAUGGCGUUCAGUAUGAGGAAGGUGCCACCUGGACUGACGCUGACCAAAGAUGUUCUUGUGUGAGGGGGCAGGUGUCGUGUAGUCGCCAACCCCUGUGCGGCGACCCCCGUGCACCGACCCCCGUGCCCUGCCCAAGACGCACCAGUUCAGCAGACUGUGAAUAUGAAAACCGCAUCGUUACUAAUGGAGAUACAUUUCCGAAUCGUAAUAAUCAAUGCGAGGAUUGUGUUUGCACUGAUGGACGUGUGGAAUGUGGGAAUCGUGAGUGUCCAAAGCCGAAAUGCAACAAUCCCCGGCCAGGGACGUGCUGCCAAAACAACUGCAAUGGAUGUAGAUAUGCAGGUAAUGAGUAUCCAAAUGGAAUGGAAUUUCCACAUCCAGUAGACAAAUGCAGGACGUGCCGUUGCACCAAUGGUAACGUCCAGUGUCUGAUGAAGCGAUGUCCAGCGGUGAAUUGUGCUGAUUCGUUCAUUCAGCCAGGAGAGUGCUGCCCCCAAUGUCCAGCACCCCCUGCUGACUGCUAUGUUGAAGGACAGCGUUACAGACACAUGCAGCAGUUCUACCAUCCUAUUAACAGAUGUCAAUUAUGCUCCUGCACCAAUGGGAUGAUGAGAUGCCAGCACAGGCCCUGCCCCUCUGCCACCUGCUCUCAUCCCAUAAUUCAAGAGUGCUGUCGCACAUGUGAUGGGUGCAUGUAUGGUGGUGUGGAGUACCAGAAUGGUCAGGAGUUUGCAGACCCUGCUGAUCACUGUGGUCAAUGCAUGUGCAGGGAUGGUCAUGUGACCUGCAAUAAGAGGCAAUGUCACAACCCGGGAUGUAGUUACCCCGUCAUUCGGCUGGACCAGUGCUGUCCUGUGUGUGAUGGCUGUCAGUUUGAGGGAAGAGUUUAUGCAGAUGGUGAGACAUUCCAAUCACCCAAAGGAUCAUGUGAGGAGUGCAGGUGCUCUAGAGGUGAGGUUCAGUGCUCUCCUAAAAGCUGUCCCGAGGUCUUCUGCCCUAACCCUCGGCGGGACCCCUGCACAUGCAAUGUGUGUGAAGGCUGUCUAUACCGCGGUCGCGAAUGUGGAAAUGGAGAACGCUUCCCUAAUCCCAAUGAUCCCUGCCAGGGCUGUAUUUGCCUGAAUGGAAGUGUAUCAUGUACACCCGUGUCUUGUCCGAAAGCACCCUGCAAGUGGCCAGUGCGUCUUCCAGGUGAGUGCUGUCCUGUGUGCACAGGGACAUGUGAACACCUGGGACAGGUGCAUGAGAAUGGUGCCACAUUCACCCCACCCAACGACCGCUGCUCUACCUGCAUAUGCCAGAGUGGAGACGUGUUCUGUGAGAAGAAGUUGUGUUCUCAGCAGUGCACACAUCCGGCGCACUAUAGGAACUGUUGUCCGGUAUGUGAUGACUGUCUGUUUGAAGGGCAGAAGUACGGAAACACACAGACGUUCUACGUCCCCUCGGACCCCUGCAAGCGCUGCGUGUGUCAUAGUGGCUCUGUUACAUGCACCGUGGUUGCCUGUCCUGUGGUUUCCUGCCAGAACCCCGUCACCCCACCGGGACAGUGUUGCCCACAGUGCAGAGUAUGUGUUCAACAAGGUCAGGAGUAUGAAGAAGGACAGAGCUUGACCCUCCACCCCACUGACCGCUGCUUAAACUGCACCUGUGUGGGUGGUGAGGUGAGCUGUGUAGGUCCUCAGUGCACUAAACUGACCUGCAUGCAUCAGGUCACUGAUCUCGGCUCCUGCUGUCCCCGCUGCAGAGGCUGUUUUUAUGAUGGCGUCGAGCACCUUGAAGGCAGUACCUGGUUUCCGUCCAGUGGUCCCUGCAUGUCCUGUAUGUGUGUGAAUGGAGUGACCACCUGCUCAGAGGUCCACUGUCUCUCCACCUGUCUAAACCAGAUCAGCGUGCCGGGAGAAUGUUGCCCAGUGUGUGCAGACUGCGUGUUUGAAGGCCAUGUGUACGGCCCUGGAGAGAGUUUCCACCCUUCUGAUGACCCCUGUCAGAUCUGCACUUGUGAGGUUAUGCCAGAUGGGCAACAGCACUUGCGCUGCUACAGGAAGCAGUGUCCGAGUCUGGUGGACUGUCCUAAACACAAUAUCCUAUACAGCGUCUCUGACUCCUGCUGCCCUGUCUGUGCACAGCCCCUCAGUAACUGUACUGCUAGCCUGAUCGGUAAUGAAGUGUUGGCCACUGAUGAUCCCUGUUUCACUUGUCAGUGCAAGGAUUUGACGUGGACGUGUAUUCAUCGGGGCUGCCCUCCUCUUAGCUGCCCUCCAGAUGAUCAGCACACACCCCCUGAUACCUGCUGCCCCAUCUGUGACAAGUGUGUUUUAGAGGACGACCAAACCCAUGUGCCAAACGGCCAGAGAUGGACAGACAAGGAGAACGAGUGUAUCACCUGCAUCUGCAAUCAAGGGCACAUCGAGUGUGAUCUGCAGGAGUGUCCUCCGCUUGAUUGUCCGGAUGGAUCAGUCAAAGUGAAGAACCCUGGGAAGUGCUGUUUAGAGUGCAAAGGCAUCACAGCUGUAGUGCACUCCAUAGACACCGAUGCUCAGUGUGUGUACGAGGGACAGGUGUACAGCCACAAUGACCACUGGGAGGUGGACGAGUGUACGUCCUGCACCUGUGUGUCCAGAGAUGUGCACUGCCAAACCCAGAGAUGCCCAACUCUCACGUGUGCCUCGGAUGAAACUCCGGCUCUGGUUCCUGGAAUGUGUUGUCCUCACUGCAUUCCCCACCCCGCCACCUGCAUUGUGUUUGGAGACCCUCACUAUCGAACAUUUGAUGGAAAGAUGGUGAACUUCCAGGGGACGUGCACAUAUGUUCUGGCUCAGGACUGUGAGGGCGGAGACUUCAGUGUCCAUGUGUCUAAUGAGGACCGGGGACGUAAGGGAGUGUCAUGGACCAAAGAAGUGACUGUGUUUAUUGGACAUGUUGUUGUGCAGCUGUUUCAAGACUGGAUUGUCAAGGUUGAUUAUCAACCCGUCUCCCUGCCAUUUCUUAAAGAGCCGUAUGUUUACCUGGAACGCAAGACCAACACCAUCCUCCUGAACACCAAUGUUGGGCUGAAGGUGUUGUGGAAUGGCCGGUCUCAUGUGGAAGUUAGUGUUCCUGGUACCUACAAGAAGCACAUGUGCGGUUUAUGUGGCAACUUCAAUAACUACCCUCAGGACGACAUGAAACUUCGCAACGGACAAAUAGCCAAAUCUGAAGCAGAUUUCGGAAACAACUGGAAGGUGGGCAGUGGAAAUUCAAGUGUUCGUUGUUCUGAUGUGAAAAACAUUAAUCCAUGUAAGGAGGCUGGAUACUCCGCCCGUAAGACUGCAAACGCUCGCUGCGCAGUGCUGAAGUCGCCCGUGUUUGAGCGGUGUCAUAAGGUGGUGCCACUCGAGAUGUUCUUUGCUUCAUGUGUGUAUGAUCUGUGCGCCUGCGGGUCCAGUAUGGACGAGUGUUUGUGUGACGUGUUGGAGGCUUACUCGUCCCAGUGCCGUGAGGCCGGGAUUAUCCUGCAGUGGAGGUCGCCGACACUCUGUGCCAUGGGUUGCCCGCUGGACCGUGGUUAUGUGUUUGAUGAGUGUGGGCCACCGUGUCCUAAGACGUGUUUUAAUAAAGACGUGCCACUCGGUGUGAUCGAGGCUCACUGCUUUAAACCCUGCGUACCAGGAUGCCAGUGUCCCGCUGGACUGGUAGAACACAACUCCCACUGCAUCGUCCCUGAGAAAUGUCCUAAAAUUAUCCAUGGCAAUCUUGGAGACCCUCAAACUGAGGAGUCAAAUCGCAAAUUGUUUGUCUACAAGGUCUAAAUCUCACUGAAUCUUGUUUUUAAUUAUCCCUGAGAUCUGAUUAACUAAAACAAGUAAAUUUGCAUUAAGAUUCAUAAGUACACAUUAUUUCGUAUAAAAAACAUUUGUAAUUUUUAUCAAAACUUGCUACUUUUCAGCUGACAUCAUAAAUCCCACUUACUUAUCAACCCUUGUCUUUCCAACAUCUGCCUCCACUUUUCAUAAUCCAAUCAUUUCCUGAUGGAUAAAAAGUCCCAUCCUACAUUUUUCUCAUUGAAUAUCCUGUUGCACUCAGAAAUACAUCAGAUCACAAUGAGUUGCAAAUGGAGUUUUGUAUUGACUUUAAAAUGCUUGAGCUUAACGCACAUUUAAUUUUUACUUUAUAGCUCAAACCACUUAUACAAUCCUCUACUGUAUACUACAUUUAGUUUUUUUGUUUGUUUGUUUGUUUGUUUGUUUGUUUGAUUGAUUUAUUGGUGCUACUGUUUGUAAGUGUUUCUGACACUGUGUUAACCUGGAGCUAAACAUUAUCAGUUAACCAUCCACUGAUAGAAAGAUAUUUGAGCCAACUGGACAAAUUCAGGAAAAAUUCUCUUAAUUUCACCACAGAUGCAAAGAGGAAAAAGCUUUUUUGAAUCAUCAUGAGGUUUCUGUUUUAGCAUGAUUGAUUGCCAUAAAAGAUCAUGGACUUUUCCUCUUCAGUUUGCUAUUUUUGAACAAAUUAAUUAGUUAACCAAAAUGACAAAGACAAAUCUGCAUAGUUUUUGUUUUUUGCACUGUUUUUGAUGGGCCUUUUUUGCUGUUGCACUGGUGUUUCAUUUUUUUCACUCUCUUUAAAUACAGUUUUAUAAGCAAUGUUAUUACAAUUGAUAAUUUUAUUUACAAUACUGACAGUGAAUCUAUGUAAAAAUAGAAACACAAAAUGAGCUUGUAUGUUAUAUUCAUCAGGUGCUUUGACAUUUAUCAGUAUAUGUCAUAUUUAAUGUAUUCUCGUAUUUACCGUAUGUCCCGUUAUUACACCAAAUCUCACCUUCA